UUGUGUGGCGGCGCCUGCGCAGUGCAACUUUGGGCCUAGAAUAGUGAGUGAGGCAGAACAGGGAAGGAAGGCGAUUAGAAACAAUGGCAAUGGUGGCUACAGCAGCGGGAGGAACGGGUUUAGGAGGCCCAGCGGUUACCGGCCAAGGGGGUAGCGGCGCCUCAGUACUCGGGGUGGGCAGGAAAAAAGAUGGGGGGCCGUCGGUGAAGUACUGGGAAAGCGCGGAGACGAUUUCCCAACUUGAGUCGGUGCGGGUUUGGACUGGGAAGCAUUAUAAAAAGUAUGUCCAGGCUGACUCCCCCACCAAUAAAACGCUUGCAGGUCUGGUGGUGCAGCUGCUUCAGUUCCAGGAAGAUGCCUUUGGGAAACGUGUCAACAACCCAGCACUCACCAAACUGCCGGCAAAGGCUUUCCUGGACUUCAAGGCAGGAGGAGCCCUGUGUCACAUCCUGGGGUCAGUCUACAAGUUCAAGAGUGAGCAGGGCUGGCGAAGGUUUGAUUUGCAGAACCCGUCCCGGAUGGACAGAAAUGUUGAGAUGUUCAUGACUGUCGAGAAAACAUUGGUGCAGAAUAACUGCCUGACCAGGCCUGCUGUCUACCUUGUACCUGAAAUUGAACAGAAGCUGGCGACUAAACUAAAGGACAUCAUCAAGCGGCAUCAGGGUACUGUUACAGAUGACAAGUCCAAGGCUUCUCACCACAUCCAUCCUGUCCCUUCCUCACUGGAGGAUGAGGAGUGGCUGCGUCCGGUGAUGCGGAAGGACAAACAGGUGCUGGUGCACUGGGGGAUGUAUCCGGACAGCUAUGAUACCUGGUUUCCUGCCAGUGAUGUUGAUGGUGAUAUUGAAGAAAACCUGAACCCUGAUAAACCCUGGAAGGUUCAUGCAAAGUGGGUCCUGGACACAGAUGACUUUAACGAGUGGAUGAACGAGGAAGACUAUGAAGUAGAUGAGAACAAGAAGUCUGUGAGUUAUCCCAAACGCAUCUCCACCCACAUUGAGGAGUCCUCCCGAACCCCAGAUCGAAAGGAACGGAAAGCGGCUGCUUCCGGGAAGAAGAGGAGGCGCUCUCCCUCUCCCCCUCCAACCCCUGCAGAGUCCCGAAAGAAGGGUGGUAAGAAGGGUCAGCCCACCCCAAACUGGAAGAAGCGCAAUCAGCGUGAGGAGGAGGAGGAGGAGGAGCAGGAGGACCUGACCAAGGACAUGGAGGACCCCAUCCCUGUCCCCAACAUGGAGGAGGUCAUCCUGCCCAAGAACCUGAAUCCCAAAAAGGACAGUGAGAAUACCCCAGUGAAGGGGGGCACUGUGGCUGAUCUGGAUGAGCAAGAAGAUGAGCCUACGGUUACCAGUGGGAAGCAGGAGGAUGAGGAGCAGGGAAAGGCAGAGGUGAACCGCUUGAUCGACUCCAGUGAAGACAAUGUGACGGAGCAGACCCACCACAUCAUCAUCCCCAGCUAUGCGUCCUGGUUCGACUACAACUGUAUCCAUGAGAUCGAGAGGCGUGCCCUGCCAGAGUUUUUCAAUGGGAAAAACAAAUCUAAAACCCCAGAGAUAUUCCUGGCGUAUCGUAACUUCAUGAUCGACACUUACCGGCUGAACCCACAGGAGUACCUCACCAGCACCUCCUGCAGGAGGAACCUCACUGGGGACGUGUGUGCUGUCAUGAGGGUGCACGCCUUCCUGGAGCAGUGGGGUCUGAUCAAUUACCAAGUGGACGCUGACAGUCGUCCUCUGCCGAUGGGACCCCCGCCCACACCCCACUUCAAUGUGCUGGCAGACACCCCCUCCGGACUAGUACCCCUGCAACACCGCCCCCCACAGGUCCCGGCCUCCCAGCAGAUGUUGAACUUCCCAGAGAAGGGGAAGGACAAGUCCUCAGACAUGCAGAACUUUGGGCUCCGCACUGACAUCUACUCCAAGAAAACGCUCAACAAGGUGAGUAAAGGAGCCAGUGCAGGGAGGGAGUGGACCGAACAGGAGACCCUGCUCUUACUGGAGGCUCUGGAGAUGUACAAGGACGACUGGAACAAGGUGUCAGAGCAUGUGGGGAGCCGCACCCAGGACGAGUGUAUCCUGCACUUCCUGCGUCUGCCCAUUGAGGAUCCCUACCUGGAGAACUCAGAGGCUUCCCUGGGGCCACUGGCCUAUCAGCCUGUCCCCUUCAGCCAGUCCGGGAACCCCGUCAUGAGCACUGUGGCUUUCCUGGCCUCUGUGGUGGACCCCCGUGUGGCAGCUGCCGCUGCAAAGGCAGCUUUGGAGGAGUUCUCGCGGGUGCGUGAGGAGGUCCCAGCAGAGCUGGUGGAGGCUCAUGUCAAGAAGGUCCAAGAAGCGGCCAAGACCACUGGCAAAGUAGACCCAGCCUUCGGGCUGGAGAGCAGCGGCAUCGCCGGCACCACCCCUGAGGAGCCAGAGAAGCUAGAAGCUCCAGAGCCUGAGAAGAUGGAGACAGAGACUGAAGGUCAGCAGCCAGAGAAGUCUUGUGUCUCUGGUGUUCAGGUGGAGAACAAGGAGGAUGCAGCAGUGGAGAAGCUCAGUGAGCCUGCAGAGAAGCCACAGGAGCGCAUGAAGAACGAGGCCACAGAGUCAGAGAAAGAGGAGGAAGCAUUGGCUGGGGAGGAGAGCAGGACAGAUAAAGACCAGGAGGAGGAAAAGGAGAACAUGGACACGAGUAGGGACAGUGACUGGGAGUCUGGGAAGAAGAAAGUGGAGCCUGAGGUGGGGGAGGGGAACAUUGCCACGGCUGCAGCAGCAGCUCUGGCCUCCGCAGCCACCAAAGCCAAGCACUUGGCUGCAGUGGAGGAGAGGAAGAUCAAGUCCCUGGUGGCCCUGUUGGUUGAGACCCAGAUGAAGAAGCUGGAGAUCAAGCUGAGACACUUUGAAGAGCUAGAGACCAUCAUGGACCGUGAGAAGGAAGCGCUGGAGCAGCAGAGGCAGCAGUUGUUGACGGAGAGACAGGCCUUCCACAUGGAGCAGCUGAAGUAUGCAGAGAUGAAGGCUCGCCAGCAGAUGGAGCAGCAGCAAGCAGCAGUGGCUGCCCAGAACCCGGCCGGGCAGCACCCUGCUCUAUCAGGCAUGAUGGGGCACCAGCAGCCCCCCUCCUUCAGCGUGAUGCAUCACCAGAUAGGACCCCACCACCCUGGACAGCCAGGGCCCAUUGGAGGGCCUAUAGGUCCUGGACAGCCCAUGGCAGGGAGAAUAUCGACCAGUAGUGCUCCAGGUGGACCCCCCCACCCUGCCCAGCCUAACAUUCCCCCGAUGAUGGGACCCCGGCACCCAGGAGCACAGAAUGGCAUGUACCCCACCCCACCAGUUCAGCCUGAUGGGAUAGCCCCAACCCCUGCAGGAUCUCUGGCCAUCCCCGCCCCUACGCGAGUGGCUGAAAACUAGUACAUGAACGAACCAAAUCAGUCCUGAUAUGCUCACCUCAGUUCAGAACGUCACAGGACACAGACAUCUCAUAGCAGGCAAACCCUUCCAGAGCAGCCCAUAGCCCUUCAACCAUUCCAGAACCAUUUAAUGAAAAGGGAAGGCAAUUGGAAAUACAAUAUUUGGGUUACAGGAGUGGAGUUUUAUCCUCAAUCUUGUCCAAUCAAUUGUAAAGACUAGACUUUAAUUAUAAUAAUAAUACUAAUAAUAUUAAUAAUAAUAAUAAUAAUAAUAAUUUGUCAUCUCCUAGCUAUUGUCUGCUCUAACAGGCAUGUGUUUUUGUAAUUGACCAAAUUGACAAACCGGAUUUUCUUUUAACCUCCCACAGUUCUAGAGAAGAGUCUGGAUAUUUGAGCACUCUUCUCUUUUGAAGAACUACCUCUGACUCACCACAUAUCUGUGUCUUUUGAAGAGGUCUUCUGCUUUUAAGGCUCAGUCUCUGAUCACAGCGAACCUUGACCUAAGACUUUUUUUUUUUUUUUUACAUUUUUUAUCUGUAUUUGUAACUUUGUUUUAUGUAGAGAGCAGGGAGUAAGAACUGACUUAGUUUAAAAAUCUUAUGACGGAGUGGGGGAAAUAAAAAAAAAUAAUUGUAACGAGUGAUGGCUUGUAGGACUCUCAGUUUGCUGACCUGUUUUUGAAACAGUUUAGCAAUAAAGAUAUUGAUAUUUUGUUGCCGCUGUCUAUUUCCAAGGGUUACAGUUGAAUUGAAUCUCUACACACACGCACACCCACUGAGAGAAUGCACAUUUACAGUGUACCGCAUUUGAGAAGCCACAGACCCCCCCCCCCCCCCCCCCCCUUACUACCACCAAGCCAACUGGCUGUGACAUCUGUUGGCAAUUUAGAGGUUCUGGAAAACCAAAAAAUGAUGUGAAAAUCAAACCUGUGUUUCGAGUAGAAGUGUUCUUUAAAUGUCUUUGUGCUCCCAUUUUAAAAUAGAGCUAAUUUUAGAUAUUUGGUCUUUUUUUCUUGGAGUACAGUUUCAGAUUACAGACUUUGGUAGUGUGAAUAUUACUGUUCUGAUUUUUUUUUUUUUUUUUUUUUUGUGAAAUGCAUUCCAGAGAACUGGUAGAUGUGUGUCCACGGCUGUAAGACCUGGUUCAGAUUCUAAAUACCACAUGACCACCCCCCCCUUACCUUCCAGGGUAUGUUGAUACAGGGGAAAUUAACUGAACGGCAUUGAUAAAUUACAUUUUCUAAUUGUUUUUAUUAUUUUUAAAAUAACUUUGUGCAGACUCUCACUUUGAGUUCAUGCAAUUUGUAUGUUUUUAAUUGGUACCGAGACCUUGACACCUGUCAAAUAAAAGUUGUGUUUUGUAUGAAAA